CUUCGACUUAACACAUCUAUUCAACGUCAGAUCAUCUGGAACCUAAUAACAGUAUCGGAGUUCCACAAAGAGGCCUAAGAUAUCUCGGGAUGACCUUGUUGAGAAACCCGGUUUUGAGCCUUGAUAUUUCUUCAUCGAUGCCAUUAACCUCAUCGUCGCGGUCGAACAUGCCUCUCAUCUGCUGAGUCCAAAAUGCCUCCCAAGAACUGUUCCACGCAUUGCUCACAGGCACAAAAGACAAGUGUGUUGUCACAUGAAAGCCGAACUGACCUCCUGGGGACUUGCCCACGCUGUUGCGGUGGAGCGAGGCCACGAGCGAAGCCCAUUCCUGCGAGCUAGGGCGCUCAUCGUCCAUGGCGAUGAAGUCGCAAAGGUAGAAAUAGGACUCUGGGCCAACCGAGUUCCUACCCCAGGCUACCGGGCGUGGCACGUUGUUGGGCAGAAACCUGUACAAGGCCUGGUCUGACUCGAAAGUGCCUCUCAUCAUGCUUUGACCGAUAGCCCCA